GGAACCGGAAUCGGCUGUAGCUGGGGGGCGGGGCUUCGCGGGCGACUGUGGCUGCGGCCCGACUUGCGGCCGCGGUGGCGGGACCCGUGGCGGCUGCUACAGCGCGGAGCCCCAUGGUGCGGGGUCGCGGCCAGGCCGCAGGAGGAGCCCGAGCCCCGGGCCGCCCCGGCUGACCGCGCGGAGUCGCCGCGCCCGUCGGGGCCGGCCCGCCAUGGGGUCCCUGUUCCGGAGCGAGCCCAUGUGCCUGGCGCAGCUCUUCCUGCAGUCGGGCACGGCCUACGAGUGCCUGAGCGCGCUGGGCGAGAAGGGCCUGGUCCAGUUCCGAGACCUUAACCAGAAUGUAAGUUCUUUCCAAAGAAAAUUUGUUGGUGAAGUGAAGAGGUGUGAAGAACUGGAGAGAAUACUAGCCUACUUGGUUCAGGAAAUCAAUAGAGCUGAUAUUCCCCUUCCUGAGGGAGAGACCAGUCCUCCUGCACCACCUCUGAAACAAGUUCUGGAAAUGCAGGAGCAGUUGCAGAAGCUUGAGGUUGAACUGAGAGAAGUCACGAAGAACAAAGAGAAACUGAGGAAAAACUUGCUUGAACUGAUAGAGUAUACUCACAUGCUGAGAGUGACAAAAACCUUCGUAAAGCGAAAUGUUGAGUUUGAACCCACUUAUGAAGAAUUCCCUCCCUUAGAGAGAGAAUCGUUGUUGGACUACAACUCCAUGCAGAGAUUGGGAGCAAAGCUGGGAUUUGUCUCUGGCCUAAUUCAACAAGGAAAAGUUGAAGCAUUUGAAAAAAUGCUGUGGAGGGUCUGCAAAGGUUACACCAUCGUGACCUACGCAGAACUGGAUGAGCCCCUCGAAGAUCCUGAAACUGGGGAAGUGAUAAAAUGGUACGUGUUUUUAAUCUCCUUUUGGGGAGAACAGAUUGGCCACAAGGUUAAGAAGAUAUGUGACUGCUACCACUGCCAUGUCUACCCUUACCCAAACACUGCAGAGGAACGCCGAGAGAUUCAGGAAGGACUGAACACCCGGAUUCAGGACCUCUAUACCGUGCUCCACAAAACCGAGGAUUAUCUAAGGCAAGUGCUGUGUAAGGCCGCCGAGUCUGUCUACAGCCGAGUCAUCCAGGUGAAGAAGAUGAAAGCCAUCUACCACAUGCUGAACAUGUGCAGUUUUGACGUGACCAACAAGUGCCUCAUCGCUGAGGUCUGGUGUCCUGAGGCUGAUUUGCACAACCUGCGCCGAGCACUGGAGGAUGGCUCGAGAGAGAGCGGUGCUACAAUCCCCUCAUUUAUGAACAGAAUCCCAACAAAAGAAACACCCCCAACUCUAAUCCGCACCAACAAAUUCACCGAGGGAUUUCAGAACAUUGUGGAUGCCUAUGGAGUUGGGAGCUACAGAGAAGUGAACCCAGCUCUCUUCACCAUCAUCACUUUCCCAUUUCUCUUUGCUGUGAUGUUCGGAGACUUUGGACAUGGCUUUGUGAUGUUCUUAUUUGCCCUCCUGUUGGUGUUAAAUGAAAACAAGAUCAAGCUAAACCAGUCCCAAGAGAUCAUGCGCAUGUUCUUCAAUGGCCGAUACAUCCUCCUGCUGAUGGGCUUGUUCUCCGUGUACACGGGCCUCAUCUACAAUGACUGUUUCUCCAAGUCUGUCAACCUCUUUGGCUCUGGGUGGAAUGUGUCUGCCAUGUACAGCUCAAGUCACUCUCUGGGGGAGCAGAAGGAAAUGGUGCUGUGGAAUGACAGCGUUGUCAGGCACAACAAGGUCCUGCAGUUGGACCCGAGCAUUCCUGGAGUGUUCCAAGGCCCAUAUCCCCUGGGGAUCGAUCCUAUCUGGAACUUGGCUACAAAUCGCCUCACUUUCCUGAACUCUUUCAAAAUGAAAAUGUCUGUGAUUUUAGGAAUCAUUCAUAUGACUUUUGGAGUUGUCCUGGGGAUCUUUAACCAUUUACAUUUCAGGAAGAAGUUCAAUAUUUACUUGGUUUCCAUCCCAGAACUCCUCUUCAUGCUCUGCAUCUUUGGAUACCUUAUAUUUAUGAUUAUUUAUAAGUGGCUGGUUUUUUCGGCAGAAACAUCCAGAGUUGCUCCUAGCAUUCUCAUUGAGUUUAUUAAUAUGUUUUUAUUCCCGGCGAGUGAAACAAAAGGUCUCUACACAGGGCAGGAGCACGUCCAGCGGCUGCUGCUGGUGAUCACAGCCUUGUCCGUUCCUGUUCUCUUCCUGGGCAAGCCGCUCUUCCUGUGGUGGCUGCACAACGGACGCAGUUGCUUUGGCGUCAGCAGGAGUGGCUACACACUUAUAAGGAAAGAUAGUGAAGAAGAAGUCUCCUUGCUGGGAAGCCAAGAUAUCGAAGAGGGAAAUCGACAGAUGGACGAUGGAUGCCGAGAAAUGACCUGUGAAGAGUUUAACUUUGGGGAGAUACUAAUGACGCAAGCCAUUCACUCCAUCGAGUACUGUCUGGGAUGCAUCUCCAACACCGCUUCAUACCUGAGGCUCUGGGCCCUCAGUUUGGCUCAUGCCCAAUUAUCUGAUGUCCUGUGGGCCAUGCUGAUGCGUGUGGGUCUCCGAGUUGACACCACUUACGGGGUCCUGCUGCUGCUGCCCGUUAUUGCUCUCUUUGCAGUUCUGACAAUUUUCAUCCUUCUGAUCAUGGAAGGGCUGUCUGCAUUUCUUCACGCUAUACGUCUCCAUUGGGUAGAAUUUCAGAACAAAUUCUACGUUGGUGCAGGCACCAAAUUUGUUCCUUUCUCCUUCAGUCUACUUGCAUCAAAGUUCAGUAAUGAUGACUUGGCAUGAACAUAUUGCUGUAACCAACCAGUUUCAGAUUUGUGAAGAAUUAUCAUGUUAUACAAUUUCACUUGCAUCAGAUGUAUGAUAGGAAAAAUUCUGUCUUCAUUGAUUGCCUUAUGACAUAACCAAAUGCUUCUGUAAGAUAUACCUCUUCCUCAUAUGUUAAAUAUUUUGUAAAGUUUACCAAUUUCUGAUACAUAAAUUUCAGUUUUUAUGAUGAGCAAAUAUAAAUCAAUGCCAAAAAUCAUUUAAAGUUAUUUUUUAAAAAAAAUAGACUUGGGGGAGAGAAAUCAAAUUUGAAUGACUAAUUGAAAAUGGUCUUAGGUAUUUGAUUUUUUUCAUCUUAUUAAAAAGAAAGAAAGAAAGAAAACCACAAGUUAUUCUGUUACUGGAAGUUGCCAGAAAAUAUUUUCUAACGGCUGAAAUUUAGUUUAACAAACCUUAAUGAUGGAUCAUCAGAAUGUAAACUUAAAACAAUCAUCUGCUAUCUAGAAUUACAAGUAGGGGGUUGUUUCUACAAUCUUGUUUUAUUUUAUAAUUGAGAUGGGAUAGAAUGGCAUACAGGAAAUGGUUAUCCCACUUAUGUGUGUGUGUGUAUAUGUACAUAUAUAUAUAUGUAUAUAUAUAUAUUUUUAAGACUUACCUGGCAUAAUACCAGUUACAGUAAUGGGAUGUUUAGAGAACUAAACUGUAUACCGAGCCUUAAAACCCAGUGUGACUGUUAAUGAUAUAGGGACAAUUUGAACUUAGUGACCAGCUUGGCUGAUGUUACUAAACCAAAAGGUGUUUUUGUACUGAGUGAAAGAAGGUAAAAAGUAGUAUUUUGUAUAUUUUUAUAACAAUAUAAAUUAAGGUAUUUUACCAUUCAAUUGAUUGUACUUAUCCUUGAGAACAGUCUAAUCAUAAUUUUUUUUUUAACUUUCAGACUAAUUCUAAAGGUCUGAUUGACAAAGGCAUUUAGAAGUAAUUUAAAAUUUUAAUAACUAGAUCAUUUGAAAACUAUUCUGAUAGAUCAUUCAUUAGUUUAGAAUCCUUAAACUCGUCCAGUCACUUGGCAUUUAGUUUUGAAUAAAUUUGAGGCAGUCUUAAACAGUAUGACCUGUUCUAUGUUCUUGUAAAUUAUGUUCAUGUUUCAUAUUUUAGUUUAAACUUUAAACAGCUGUUUAAAAAAGAAACUCACAGUAUUUUUCACUUUCUCAUACUUUGAGUAAUGCACACGAAAAGGCCUGUCACUAUAGUCCUUUUUCCUGGCAGGUGGCAGAGUUUGACACUUACUGCAAGCCAGUAUUAUCCCAGCACUGAAUUGAAAUGUAUCUUUUCAGGUAAUUUCAAGGCCUAUUUAUGGAGAGGCAUGAACUGAACAUCAUAUGACAUACUGUGACUCCACUGUUAAAUCUUUUUAACUGCAGUAAAGAUUCUAUGUUGUCUCUAUAAUAGACGUUACCCAAAGCCAAUCUGGAUUUACCAAUGUCUAUCCCCUAUAUUAAAAUACUAAACAUAAAUGAUGCUGAUGUAACCUUUGACACUUUCUGCUCUUUGAGUCAAGUUUGUCCAUCAGUGGUGAUCUAAAUCAUGCUGUUCGAUGUCAGAUUUGCUUCUCACCUGUAGCUAUUGCUUCCCACAAGUUAUCACUAUGUAGUAGGAGACCCACAUACAGUAUCUACUGGAAUUCUUUACUGCCCUGCUAGCAACUGUUCUGGGAGCCACUUUUUACUUUUAACAGCUCUCUUAUCAGGGCAUCGAAUAGUAAAGAAGCAUUUUUCUCCAUUGAAAUUCACUAUGUGAUAAUUAUAUGAAUGUAACUAGAUAUAAAAAAAUCUUAACCUUUGUAGAAAAACUCUAGAAGUAUAGUUUGGUGUUGUGUUUUAAUAAAUGAGGGGGAAAUUUUAUUUCUUCAUUAAGCUAUUGGUUCUAGUGUUAUGUUACCAGAAUGCUUGCUUUGUUUUGCUUUAAGUACUUUGGUCGAACUUUCAUGAAGACAGUUUUUUGACAUCCUUCAUUCCCCUGAACAACCAGAGAAUGCUUAAAUGUCUGCUUGUUUUCCUAAAAAUAGAUGCCAUGAUGGACACACUUUGUAGCCAUCAUUUUCUGUCUUACUGGAGUCCUAAAAUAGAAACCCCAGGGAUCUCUUUAGUAAAAGGGGGCUUGAUUGCAUCCUGCAAGGGACAGACAGAUCCUUCCCUGCAUCCUCAGGGUCAAGAUCUGCUAAGGGGCACUUAGGUGUCUGGAGGGACAGUGGUGAGUCCUGUGACUUUCUUGGUUGUAGGACUUUGACAGACAUACCCCCCCCCCUCACUUCAAGAAUGUGUAUUUAAUAACAUGCUCCAUUUUCAGUCUGCAGUCUUUUAACAAGGCACUGAAUAGUGCAUAGGCAACCUCUGAUGCUUAUGAAGUCUAGGUUUACAUAGUUUAGGGUCUAGUUCACUUUGGGUAACAACCUGUGUGGCUGCUCUGCAGUCUGCUUUUAAAAACACAUUUCUUAAGACUGUAAAACCAGGUUUGUUGGUAUGCAUCAGACAUCUCCAGCAAGCAUAUAAAAGUGUAAUUCAAAAGGAUGACAAAUUAGGCUGUUUGACUAAUAGUUUGCCAAGGACCAGACUCUCAGUGCUUUGCAUUGGUUUAGAAUUCUAAGAAUUACUUAGAACAUUCCACUCGUUCCUUGAUGGGAAAAGCCAACAAGGCUUAUUUCUGGGGACCAGCUUAGGCCUCCCUGCGAGGACACGAGGACACGGCAGCGAACAAGGCAGAGCUACCCAAAUGCAUGAAAUGGCAAACCUUGCAUCUUCCUAUCAGCACUGACCUUUCUUUUACUAAUGGGAAAUAAAUUUAUAUUUUUAAAAUGC